AUGAAUGUAUCUCAUGCCGUAAAUGAAUUGUUUUUCAGCCAUGCUGAGUUGUUCGACGGCGGGCUGGGGCGCUUCACGGGCGGGCGGGCUCGGCAGGCGGUGAGCGCGGGCGCGGCCCCGGUGUUCUGCCGCGCGCGGCCGCUGCCCUACGCGCUGCGGGAGCGCGUGGACGCAGAGCUGGACGCCAUGCUGCGCGCGAGCGUCAUUGAGCCCGUCGAGUGCUCGCACUGGGCGACUCCUCUCGUUAUUGUCAAUAUUUCGGAUGGAGCUAUUCGAAUAUGCACGGAUUACAAGGUAACCCUCAAUCGUGUCUUAUCUGUCGACAAGUACCCAGUGCCUAAAAUUGACGACUUAUUGUCGCAAUUAGGGGGAAGUAAAUUUUUCAGCAAAAUAGACUUAUCACAGGCAUACAAUCAGAUCGAGCUUGACGAUACCAAAAAGUACAACAGACUUGUUUUCGGGUUAGCAUCCAAUCCGGGAAUUUUUCAAAGAAUAAUGGUUAACUUGUUAAAAGAUAUCGAGGGGAUUGUAGUAUUUUUGGAUGACGUUUUGAUCGCUUCGGAUACUAUCGAAAACCAUAUACAUACUUUACGUAAAGUGCUAGAUAAAUUGAAAGAGUACGGUCUUACAUUAAAAAGGGAAAAAUGUGAAUUUUUUGUAGUAGAAGUGAAAUAUUUGGGUUAUGUAAUGAAUAAAGAGGGAAUCCACCCCGAUCCUGACAAGAUAGAAUCGAUUCUGUUGAUGUCACCACCCAGACAUUUCGGAACUUCGCCACUUUACGAACUACUAAAAAAAGACUCGACAUGGAAAUGGGGUAGAUUAGAACAGCAGGCUUUCACUGUAGUUAAGAGACGUUUGAGUGACGCGGUCGCGCUGAGCCACUACGAGCCGGGCGCGCCGCUAGUGGUGACGUGUGAUGCCAGCGCGCGCGGGCUCGGCGCCGUGCUGGCGCAGCGCGAUGCGUCCGGCCGCGAGCGCCCCGUCAUGUGUGUGUCGCGCGCGCUCACCGCCGCGGAAUGCAACUACACGUAUGAAAGAAGUUUCACUCCAUCAAACAUAAGAGCAGGGUUUGAAAAGACAGGUAUUUAUCCAUUAAACAGAAGUGCAGUGUAUUCAGAAGCAAUCGCGCCCAGCCGAGUUACAGACAAUCCUCUUCCUACGGAGCGAAUACAAAAAAUUCUGAUCGAGGAAGACCUUGAAAAUUCGAUCCCUAACACCAAAAUCGAACUAACUAACAGCGAUUCCCUCAAUGAUUCGAUAUCACAAGAACCAGAACAAGAAUUUAACACCUUAUGA